GGGGGUGAUACAACCAUAGCUAUACCAGAGCCCCCGAGCUUGGAGAGAGAUUUGACAGAAAAUCAAUCAACAGAUUCUCCACAAGCUCCACCUCGCGCGUCCUCGUGGUGGGGUUAUUUGGGAUGGAGUGAUCCAGUAAAUCCUUCUGUAACUGAAUCCAGUCAAGAGGGGCCUAAGGAGAAAUUGGACCCUAAGGACGGGGAGAUGUUGGGAGGACUCGAUGCCUUGCAGGAGUCGCACAAUCUACCACUUAACGACGAAAGUGCGGAUGGUCCGACCUCAACGGUCAAUGUUGAGAAUAGCUCAGGGACCGCCCAAGCCGCGUCGAUUGGUGCCGCGGAAGGCCAGGAUCCUUCCGGAGAAGUUCUACCUGGUCAUUCCACAGAUCCAAGUCACACACAGGGAACCAUGUGGUAUACACCAUGGUCGUGGUACAAUACUUCGGCUUCCGCAACUGAGGAGAAAUUUCCGAAAACAUCGGUUCCUAUUAAAGGUGAUGAUGCGAAUACAGAAUCAAACUUGCUGAAAGAAGAUACGCUUUCUCGCGGAGAUGAGUCGGUGCUUGAAGUGCCAGCGCCUUCUCAGGGUCAGCAGGUAGAUGUUGUUCGAGCCGUCGAAGAGCACAAUCCCAUUGAGUCCACAAUCACCACAAACAGGUCAGGAUGGAUGUCCUUUUUCUCGUCUAAGGCGCUCACAACGAAAAGAAUAACAACGAAUGAGACCGACGAGAAUGGGAUGGAGGUGAUGAAUUUAGAUGAAGAAGAUAGCCAAGCAGAAACUGGUACACAGCCUCUUCCACAGGACAUACCAGCCAAAGAUGCGAAAAUUUCUGAUAGUCCUGCCAAGCAAUCUGCACCACCCUCUUCUGUAAGGAAGGCCGAUAAUGCUACAUCGCCGCUGAAUCCUCCCUUGGCAAAUUCAGAAUCUGUGAAGCGCGAGUUGGUCAAACGGCAACCUUCUCCAACACCUUCCAAGAAGUCGAGUAUGAAAGCACCCGUAUCACCCGCUCGACCAAACUUAGUUCUGCCGACUUGGACGGAUACUUUUCACACUGCUCCGCGAUCAUCUGUACCUCCACCACCUGCUUCCGCCCUCACGAAAACAUUCAAGUAUGUUAGUGGGGUAUUGUUCGCUCGGGAGGAUGAUGCCCAGAAAAAAGGCAAGGGUAAAGCGAAGGAUACGCUUGCAAGUGAUUUUGGAAAAGCACUCCCACGAGCGUGGGAUGUUUUGGAGGGCAAGAUAGAACCUGAUAUUCUGAAAGGAUGCAACAAGGUGGUCGUUAUAGGUGUUCAUGGAUGGUUUCCUGGUGCUGUCAUGAGAACUGUCCUCGGAGAGCCGACAGGUACCAGUGGGAAAUUCGUCAAUAUGAUGGUACAGGCUUUGGAGGAGUUUCAGGAUAAACAUCAAGUAAAGCUCCACAAAAUCACCAAGAUACCUCUAGAGGGCGAAGGCACUAUAAGCCGAAGAGUCGAUAAAUUGUAUCAGAACUUGAUCCAGAACGAGGACUGGAUGAAAGACCUGCGGGAAGCUGACGUGAUAUUUGUGGCAACUCACUCCCAGGGUUGCAUAGUUUCAACCCAUCUGUUGAACCGCCUCAUAAUUGAUCGUCAUAUUCGUACUUCUCGCAAUGUUGAUGUAGUAGAUGCCGCCGGACCAGUUGCUUCGGGUAGCGUGGGCAUCAUUCCUUCUCAGCAGCCCCAGCGGAUCUGCUGUCUAGCGCUGUGCGGUGUCCAUCUCGGUCCUCUGCGAUACCUCAGUACCAGUUCACUGCUACAGCCUUAUAUCCAAUACUUUGAAUCUACAGCUGCUAGAGAGUUGUUUGAGUUCCAGAACACGGAAAGUCAAACAUCUCAAGAUUACGUCAAAUCUCUUGGAAAUGUAUUGUCCCACGGGAUUAAAAUGGUUUACGUGGCAUCAUUGAAUGAUCAAGUUGUUGGCUUGUAUUCAGGCUUAUUUACUUCCAUUACUCAUCCAUUGAUCCUGCGAGCUAUGUACAUUGAUGGAGAUGCUUACCAUUCGUCCGACUUCCUGUCAAAUCUUCUUGUCCUCCUUCUCCGUCUCAGGAACUCAGGGCUUUCUGAUAGCGGACUUCUGGCCCAUCUUUCGGAAUCGACCGCCGGCUCUCUCAAUGGAGUUGGACAUUCAACGGCAUAUGAGGAAUUAGCCACCUACUCAUUGGCGGUAAAUUACUUGUUUCUUGCUGACAAUGGUAUGGAACACCAGCCAGAGAUGGAGUUUGAACCAUUUAAUGCACUUAACGAGAGAAAUGAUUAUGAAAUUCCUUGGGCGCUUCGUGACUUAAUCGCGGAUGAAAGAGUCGCUCACUUUUUCUCCGACGAAUUUGUCCGCUUACGAGAUGCAUUUCGUGAUUGGCAACCAAAGACAGCUAUCCUUCGAGACGUCAAGCGCAAGCUACAGCCUAUUCAGCGGUUAUCGUCAGCUAUGAUAACAACAUAUUCUAAUUCUAUCAGCAAGCUAUAAAAGGCAGCAUUUAUCAAGAGGGACUGUACACUUACAUCUUUGCACUUAGAUCUGUAUCAUAUAUGAUGGCUUUUUACUAACGGCGCUGGUGCCUAGGGCAUGGUUUAUCAUUUCAA